GCUCGUUGUGCCUCAGCAGCUCUGUCAUCAGCACACUCUGAUCUGCGGUGCGACCUCCACACGUGAACACCCUCAGCACCCACCCUCGCCCUCCCUCUCAAAUUCCUCGCUGGAACAGGCUUUCACGCCCCAAAAGCCAUCCAUCGAGCGAGCGAGCUGCCAGCGUCGCAUCCAACCACCAUUCCCAACCGCAGUUGUUCGCAGCUUGUCUGAGCUGGGCCUCUGUUUCUUUGUCAGCCUGAGGCACCUGCUGGCAGCCAGCACCCACUAACCAAGAGAAACCACAAGCGGUGCUUUGGCGCAGACAAGUCGUCAGCAAAACCAGAUCAACCAGAAACACGCUAUGGAUCGCACAUCUUCACGAGCGUCCUCUGUCUCGGCAAAACAGGAGCCCGCCGUCCUCUCUUCAUCUUCAUCCUCAAUGAAGCCGGUGCCGCAGUUCCUCACCAAGCUGUACAAGAUGACCAACAACCCAAUGCACCGCGAUUGCUUGCAGUGGAACGAGCAUGGCUCGUGCUUUUGGGUCUCGGACAUUGCCAAGUUUUCCCGCGACGUCUUGCCAACGUACUUCAAGCACAACAACUACGCAUCCUUUGUGAGGCAGCUCAACAUGUAUGGGUUUCAUCGCAACACCAACUCCAAAGGCCGCGUGUUGCCGGGCGUGGGCAUGGUGGAGAAGUUCAGCAAUCCAAACUUCUUGCUCGGUCGUGCAGACCUUCUCUGCAACAUUCGCCGGAAAGCAAGCUCAUCAAGCAAGCGCACAAAAGCAGCGGAAACACCGACACCUAUGCCUUCCAACGACACCACGGCGGGCGCCAUGGUGGAGUCCAGGCUUGUUGCCCUUGAGCGCCAAGUCCAAUUUCUUCAUCUACAGAACCAGGCGCUGGCAUCACAGUCGGCGAGACAGCGCGAGGCUCUGGCCCACCUCAUGCAGAUGAUUUCACGCAUGACCAUUGGCCAAGACCUCAGCAGCGCAGAGGCUCUGGCACAGUUUCCAGCGUUCUCCAUGCAACAACAACAACAGCAACAACAGCAACAGCACGGCAACCCAUCUCAAGCGCAGCAGGCAGGAGAUAUGAUGGCAUCCUCGCUUGCAACAUCCCUGCUCGGCUCCAGUGCGGCCAAUGGCCUGUCCUCCAUGGGCGCACAGCAAAGCUCUUCCUUUGGGUCGCCACAACAGCAGCAACAGCAACAACAUCACCACCAACAACAACAGCAGCAGCAGCAGCAGCAGCAACAGCAACAACACCACAACCAUCAGUCCGAUUUCCAGCCUCAGCAGGCAAGUCACUCUCAGCAGCACCAGCAACACCCGUCGCAACAGUCUGAUUUCCCACUUUCACAGACGCGAGCUCAGUCGUCACUCAGCGCAUCGAGCGUGCUGAACAGCCUCUUUGGUCAAACGCUGGCUUUCAACCGGCAGCAACAGCCAGAACAACAACAUCAGCAGCAACACCACCACCGCGAUGACAGACAACAUCAACAACACCAACACCAACAUCAACACCAACAGUUGUCACAAGACGCACUGCAGGGGCAGCGCCUUCCACUGUUUGGCCAGCGCGGCGGUUUCAUGAGCGGGCAGGACUCGGGUGGGUUUGGUGACAUGGGCGGAUUUGGUAGCGUGACUGAUGGGGGACCCGUGGAGCCAAUGGACUUGGAUGUGAUGCUUGAGCACAUGGAUGAUGGCGGCUCGAUGAGCUCGCUCUGAGAGAUGCGUGGAUGCGUGACGGUGGUGGGAACUACGGUGAUGAGAUGGUGAUGAUUAUGGUGUGGUGCUGGUGCCGGUCAUGCCACGCAUGAUGAGGGUGGUGGGGGGGCAUGAUGCUAAGUAUGACGAGAAUGACAACGGUGGUGGUGGCGACACGCUUGAUGGUGAUGAGGACAGUGGUGACGAUGAUGACUUGAAUCGGCCAGCGCGUGCGCGCUUGUGUUUGGGCUGAUAUUAUCCUAUGGCGGGCAACCAGUGGUGUGCCGUGCGAAGUACUGAGGGGAAGAGGCUGCUGACGAGGAUCGGGUGCGUUUGUUGAUCAAGAAAGGGAACGGCGAAGAGAGAGUAAGUGACAGAGCGGAGACAGCGCGCUUUGGGUGAGACGAAAAGGAUGGGCGAGUGUUGCUGAUCGCGAAGCUGGCUGUCAUGGAGCUUGUUGAGGUGAUAGUUGCGCAGAUACAGACAGACAGACAGACAACCCUGCAGACUGGCGCGGCUGAAGACGAAGGUGGAGACAGACAGCCGUGUUGCGGUGUUACCGAUUGGACAACCCUUGUUGUUAUUUUUUGUUUUGCUUGUUGUCGCGAGGCUGCUUGCAUGCAAUUUGGUUCAUUCUUGCUUCGCUCUUGUUUGUGCUUUUAUGAUUGAUUGACCGACCCACCCUUCAGUGUUUCGUUUUAGCGGCUGCUGUCAUUGGUGUUGUUGGUUCAGCUGGAGCUUAAAUUGUUUGUCGCUGGUGCAUUGGUGAUUGUUGUUUGUAGUCGUGCUCACGUCAGCACUGUCUUCAGCCUGCGUUGAGCUGUGCGUGUGCGUGUGCGUGUGCGCCCCAAUGCCAAUCAUGGUUUUGCGGCACAGGGAUGUGCCUCUUUUCGUGGUUCGUGCUUGUUUUCAUUUUUGUUUGCUUCCUGGUGUGUGUGUGAUUGGGGAAGGAGGGGGGGGAGUGCCUCUGUUGCUGAAUAUGCACCAUGCAAACGUGCCGCGUGCCGUGCAACUGAGGGUGUGGUGUGUACGUUGACGCAUGUGCGCUCUUAUUGUGUGAUUGGACAUUCUGUGUGUGUGUGUGUGUAUGUGUGUGUGUGACCACCAUCAGCCGCCAUUACAUGCCCUCUCG